AUGUCAUACUUAACAAAUCAAAUAAAUGCGAAUCUCCAAUUGAGCGAUAAUGACGAUGUUAAUAAUUCUGAAAAAGUAGAAGUUCAAUGCAUUAGUGAUAGUGAUGAAUAUCAAAAUGAAAAUGUACAACUGGUAUCAGAUGAUUUACGACCGAAAGAAGAAAUCAAGAGCAGAAAAGUACAUGAAAAAGAACACAACAACGACGAUCCAGGUCGAAAAUUUAACGUAAUUCGUUAUAAUAGAAUAAUGGCUAAUGGGGAAAAUGUGAUUAGAAAUUGGCUUUUGUAUUCUAAAUCUCUUAAUCGAGUAUUUUGUCUCUAUUGUCGUUUGUUCCCGUCAAAGUCUACAUCAUCUUUGGCUUCAAUAGGUUUUUUAAAUUGGAAACAGAUUAGUGAACGUUUAAAAGAACAUGUAUUAUCUAUUCCACAUAAUAAGGCUCAAGAAAAAUGGAUACAAUUACGUAUGGGACUUGAUCUUCAUAAAACUGUAGAUAAUAAUAUACAAGAUAAUUUAAAUAUUCAAAAAGAACGUUGGCGUAGUAUUCUUAAACGUAUUAUUGCAUGUAUAGAGUUUUUAGCAGAACAUAAUGACGCUUUUCGUGGACCUAGGAUUCAAAACGAACUUAUUAGUAUUAUUGCCACAAAAAUACGUGAUGAAAUAAUUAAUCGCGUUAAACAGAGUAAAUACUUUACGACUUUAUUAGGUGGAACACCUGAUAAAAGUCAUAAGGAGCAGCUUACAUUUCUUUUACGUAUUGUAGAAAUUUCGAAAAAUUUUAAAUAUGAAAUAAAUGAAUACUUUAUAUGCUUUAUUCACAUUUCAAAUAAAUCUGGUUCAAAUUUAACAGAGGAAAUAAAAGAACAAUUACAAUUAAUUAACUUGGAUCUGAAAAAUUGCCGUGGUCAAGCAUACGAUAAUGGGGCAAAUAGGGUCGUCCAAAACAGGGAGUACAAUCUMGAAUUAUUUCAGAGAACCCAAGAGCUUUUUUUUUGUACCAUGCACUGCGCACAGUCUUAA